AUGUCCGUGAGCCGUGGCCAGCGGCCGACGCGGCCGGGGACCCGCCUCUCCUGGUUGCUGUGCUGCAGCGCCCUGCUGUCUCCGGCCGCCGGAUAUGUGAUCGUGAGCUCCGUGUCCUGGGCUGUCACCAACGAGGUGGACGAGGAGCUGGACAGCGCUUCCACCGAGGAGGCGCUGCCCGCGCUGUUGGAGGACUCGGGCAGCAUCUGGCAGCAGAGCUUCCCGGCCUCGGCUCACAAGGAGGACGCGCACCUGCGGCCCCGGGCGGGCGCCCCCCGCGCCAAGCAGCCCCAUGCGCCGCCGGGGAUGUUCUCCUACCGUCGGGAGAGCCGCCAGGCGGCCGGCGCCGCGUCCCCCGGCCCGAGGCUGCGCGCGAGCACCGCCCGCUCCCUGGCCCACGCCAGCGCCUGGGGCUGUCUGGCCACCGUGUCCGCCCACGAGAAGAUCCAAGGACUGCCCUUUGGGAACUGCCUGCCCAUCAGUGACGGCCCCCUCAACAACAGCACUGGGAUUCCUUUCUUCUACAUGACAGCCAAGGACCCUGUGGUGGCCGAUCUGAUGAAGAACCCAAUGGCCUCACUGAUGCUGCCAGAAUCAGAAGGAGAGUUCUGCAGAAAUAACAUCAAAGUUGGAGAACAGUUCAUCAUAAAGCUUUCUCAUCCAGCCUUCCAUAAUGAAAUGCAGUGCCAAAACGGUGCUCCAGGUGCUUCGUGGUUUGCUCCCUGUGUGACCAGCAGCACCACCCCAUGUGACAGGCACCCAGGAAUGAGGAAGUGGCCCCGUCAAUAUGAAUGGUUCUUUAUGAAGAUGAAGAUAGAACAUAUCUGGCUUCAGAAAUGGUAUGGAGGCGUAUCCAACAUUUCAAAGGAGGAAUAUUUCAAAGCAGUUCCCAGGAAGGCCUGAUGGAGUAAGAAGACCGUCCUUGGUGUUUGCAUUAAAAUGAAAACCUUUGAAGUGAUGGUUCCAGACAGCUAUUGACUGCUGUCUCUUUGUUGCAGGGUUCAUAGCAGCCCUGCCAUCCGUACAGCAGAAUGAGAGAGGGUGGACAGGGAACCCUGUACUAGAUUUGAGAUUAAAGUGGCCAUUGGCAGAUCCCCAA